AUGUUCAAACUGAAGUUUUUCAUUCUCUUCGCACUCGCUGUAAUAUGUUUCGGGUCUGAGGACAAUGAAGGAGAGGCUGAAGGUGGAUCAUCUACAGCAAAAAAAGAAAACCGUACACUAGGUUCCGAUUUGCCAGGUUAUAUCGGUACUUCGGAGGACAGGAAAGAAUACAUGAUGAAACUCUUCAAAGCGUGUGGUGGACAGAAACAAGAAUACAGUGUAAACGAGAAAGAUAUAUUUUUCCAUAACUGCACAUACAUAUGUAAGAAAAGAAGCACGCCCUUAACUCCUGUAGUUCGUCGAAUUCCAAAGGGCAUGAUUUGCAACAGAGACGAAGGGGUUCUGGGAACGGUGAAGGUGAAGCUAAACCAUCUGGAGCAGAAGAAUCAAAACCGUACACUAGGCCAGGAUUUGCCAUGGUAUAUCGGUAAUUCGGAGCAAAAGAAACAAUACAUGAUGAAACUCCUCAGUGCGUGCGGAGGACAGAGCCAAGAAUACAAAUUAAACGAGAAACAAAUAUGGUUCCAUAACUGCACAUACAUUUGUGUGAGAAGGAAUACAGCCUUAACUUCUGAAGUUCGUCAAAUCCCGGAGGGCAUGAUUUGCAACCGAGACAAAGGGACAUGCCCCAAGGAAGGAAACUGCCCCUUGCCAAUGUGCUGA